AUUUUAGUUAAGUUUCAAACGGCUAAUCGAAAUGUUUGUUAAGAUAUCACAAAAAGUAAUUGGCUUAUUUCUAAUUAUAGAAUUAGUGUAUCAUCAAGCAUUUCAGCCGUGCCAAGCACAAUUUCAACGAUUGGCAGAACAAAAAUGCCAUGAAUAUCAACAAUAUGUUAAAGAAAAAAGUUCUUCAGUUGCAUUAAUUGCUGGCGGUCCACGACAUGAAACUACUGUUGAAAGAUGCGGCUUAAGAUCUGUUGAAUUAAUUCUUGGUGGUAAAGAUGCCAAACCUUUAGAAUUUCCCCACAUGGCUUUAAUAGGAUACAAACCAUUAGAUGAAGUCUUUUGGAAAUGUGGUGGUUCGCUGAUAAGUGAAAAAUUUAUUUUAACAGCAGCACAUUGUAAAAGGACGCCAUUCGGCCCACCAAGAAUUGUUAGAGUAGGUGAAUUAAAUAUCAAAUCAGACACAGACGAUGCUGCUCCACAAGAUUUUAAUGUUCAACAAAUGAUAAACCAUCCGAAUUAUAAAGCAAAAUUAAGAAUAAAUGAUAUUGCACUUAUUCAAUUAGCCGGUACUGUAAAAUUCGAUAGAUUUAAAAGACCAGCUUGCUUAGCGUCAUCUUUUGACUGGCCAAAAACAUAUGCUUGGGCAACUGGAUGGGGUGUUAAUAAUACAGAUGAUACAAUAGGAACAGCUCAUUUACAGAAAGUAAAACUUGAUAAAUUCUCAGAAGAUAUAUGUAAAAGCAAAUAUCCUACAUAUUCUAUAAAGUAUUCAGAGCAAGUAUGUGUUGGUUCAAAUACUAAAGAAGUAGACACAUGUCAAGGGGAUUCAGGUGGGCCAUUACAAACUUUGCAUACAAAAGAGGAUUGCAUGUGGGAAAUAGUUGGUGUUACAUCAUAUGGACAUGGCUGUGGUUCAAUUGGUGUACCUGGAGUUUAUGCAAGAGUAUUCCCAUACAUUAAUUGGAUAGAACAAAUUGUUUGGGGAUAAAUUAUUGUGAGAAAAUAAAGGAGAUUUUAUAAUAAAAUUUAAGUAAAAUUAAAAAAAAAAUAAUCUAGUUCAUUAGAAAAAACUAAAUAAAUUUAGAAAUAUGUUACGAGUAAUAUUUUAAAUUAUGUUUUAGUUUUAAUCAACUUGUCUACAUCUACAAAAUUUAAUGGAAGAAACUUGAAAAAUUUUAUUUAAAAAGAACAACAAACUAAGAUUAUUUCAUUUAUUAUCUUAGUCAAAAAUGAAUAAUUCCAGUUGACAUGUUUAGUCAGAAUACCAUAAAAAUACCAUUUAUAUUAACUUAUUAAAUACCAUGCCCUCUCCAAUUUGAUGUAUGUACAUAUAUUAAAUAACAUCUGUAUAACAUGUGUAUGUACAUACUAAAAGCAAUUGAAAUUCCAGGUGAAAUCCCAAAACUUACAAAUUCAUAGAAUGCCUUCCAGGUAGAAGUGAAAUAUAUUAUAUAUGUAUGUAUCUAAAGAAAGUGGUAUUAGUGAUUAAGUGUAAUAAAAUUUAUGAAUUUUAAAACGACAAGCCUUCGAAAGCUAAUAAAUUCAAACUAUUGAAAGUGAAAAAGCUAUGCGUUUCCAUCUAGUCUGAAAACAAUUCGGUUAUAUCAAUUAUCAAUUUGUUAAGCUUGAUUAUAUGGAAGCGUGCUUUGUGUAAUCCUCUAAUAAAAAACAUUUUGUUUUUACAAUUUGUAUAUCACUGUAAAAAAUUCUUAAAAAAAUAAAAACAAGUUUUACAUUAACAAUUAGAAUUAU